UCUAUGAAGAGGGGCGUUAGCUAUGUGAAGAGUUCGGAUUAAGAAAGUCAGGCAGGCAAAAUGAAUAUUCUUUUACUCUUCAUGCUUAGUAGUGUUGCCACUUUAAUUUCAGUUGCUCAAGGAACCGUGACGUAUGGAUCUCUCUAUAAUCCUUACGGUGGGGUGAAUCAAGUAAAGCCACACUACCCGGAAGCUCUGGUCACGUAUGGGCCCCCACAGCGCCGUAACAAUCAGCCUGCAGUGCAGCGAGGCCAAUUUUACUCUCCUCGUCCGCAGAAGCCCUACUAUCCUGCCCAGACAAGGACGUAUACCCCUGUGCAACCACGGCGUUAUGCACCUGUUCGGCAUCGAAUGUAUUCCCAAGCACAGACAAGGGCCUACACCUAUGGUCAACCACGUCUAGUGUACAGACCAGCACAACCGCGAAGUAACCCGCCUGCCCAGUCGCAGCCCUACGUACUUACCCAUCCGCAGGUUUACGCUCAAAAUCAUCCCCAGCCAGUAAAUGCUCUUGGUCAAAUUAGGAGCUACACCCGUCCUGCAGCGGCCCAAAGAUACUUCAUGCCUACCAGUCAAGCCGCUGUUAGACCAGUUGUAAGACAACCAAUGAACUCUGCCGUUCGACAGCAAAUUCAGCCGAUUAGGCCAAUGAGCGCUAGUCUAAUAGGUCAACCAAUAAAGCCUCUCGUUACACAGCCACUUAUUAGACAGCCGAUCGGAAUCCCUCAAACACCACUCACUAGAACCAUGGCGCUAAAACAACCGAUCUUAUAUCGUCCAUCAAUCAACUCACGAUUUCCCCAGAGACUUAGUGCGCAGCCUAUAGCCCCUGGUACCUACAGUAGAAAUCAUAUACCAAAAAACCCUGCAAUUUUCCCGCGUAAACCAAUUCCACCAGGGAAGCCAACAUCACGAUACCCAAGCAACAGACGGAAUAACAUCGCUUUUAACAAGCAAUUGCAAACUACUGAAAGAACGUUGGCUGCACGGAAUUACAUUGAUGGCGUCGAUAUACCGCAAGCCGUGGCGGGAAAAGUAAGUAAAUGGCCUAUGAAGCCCCAAAUGAACACAAAUCCUGUGCGAUCCCCAAUUCAACCCAUAAAACCCCAAAUGAAUCUGAAAGCAGGCAGUCAAUUCCAGGGUCAACCUAUCAGAGCCCAAGUUGGGCCAAACUCUCCGACAGGCCAGAAAUUAUCUACCUUUCUCAAAAAAGUAAAUAAACUUCAAGAUACCUUGAAAGGGAAUACCAUGAAACAAGGUCUUAUUUACUAUGACGAUGACGUCAGCAACAAAUCACAGCACAGACCGACAAAUUUUGCGCCGCCUACAAGGAAACUGGGUUCGAUGGGAUCUCCCGGUGGAAGCCGGGUAACCUUCAACGAAGAGCCCACAGUACAUCCAGCGAUCAUACCCGAGACAAAAGCUGUAAAUCGACCAGGAAGUGAACGUGUUACAAUUACCCAGGCCGAAAAAACUGUCGCGAAGAAUAAGGAAAGCGACAAAAAUACGCAGUCCGAAAGUACGACGGAUAUAGAGCAACCGCUGACAAAGAAAAGUGAAGUCGCUGAAAAACCGCUGUCCGAAAGCUCUACUGAAGCGACAGGACCUCGUACCGAGAAUAACACAGGUCAAAAACAGCCAAUGAGCCCCGAGUUUCCAGGAAAAACUGCUAAUUUUGCCGCUGCCCAGGUAGACCUUGGGCUCCUUAAACAGAAAGUUCUACACAGCAACAAUUCGCAAUUUUUGAAACGAGUUUUGCAUGUUUUACGAAAGUAUACAAAACUUAUGAAAACCAGUAUAGCGGGAAAAAAUGAUACGAGGAAUGUCCUGAACUUCUCAAUUGCGCAUAAUAACAAAGGCGAAAUGCCAAACGAAGAGCAGACGGGGAAAAAUAAAGAUAUAAGUAAAAUUAACAAUACAAUUUCGGAAAGUGUGGCGGGAACAGACCUUUCUAAUGCUCUGAAUUCAACGAAAACUGCCGUGAAAAUGUUUGAUUUGCUCAACAGUGCCUCGAAACCAAAUCUAAAGUCUUCAUUGGUGAGCGAGAUAAAUCAGGAAGCGGUAUCUCAUGGGCAUAGUUCUGUCCCGAUGAAAGAUAGUUCGAAAAAACCAGCCGAGGGCGAAGAUAAGGCUUCAGAUCUGAUGAAUCUAACCUUGAAAUCAAAAGCGGAGAAGAUCGUGAAAGACGAGAACGCCAGCAAAAAGGAAAAAAUUGAGACAGAAAGGAAUGUUGGGAAACCUUUGUUUAAUGUGGAGAAACUAAAAUAUGGACUUCAACGAGGAAAUACGAUUGAUUAGAACAAAGCUGUAGUAGUAGCAAUCUCGCAAAACCGCCUGAGUUAAAAGAGGCAUUGUCUGCCAACCUAGUGGAAUUUUAAAGCGUCUAUAAUGAGCUAAGAUUCGAUGUCCAGAAAGCUUUUUAAUUUCAACAGUACUGUUGAGCAAUUCAAAGUCCAUUUUCUUCUAAAAGGAUAGAACAAGUGUUUCCAAACCAUACCUAGCUUUACUGAUUAUGUAUGAUUAGAAUAAUUGAAAUAUAUAACCAAGGAGCAGCGUGGCAGCGUCUCUGUCGAUAGAGGCCUGUCCAGUUAAGUAAACUUUCAACUGUAGUUAACGACAGAAUUGGCCAAUCAGAGUUAACUACGACUUAACUAUGCCAAAUAUUGUUAAGAGUUUUAUACAACCGCCUCCGGAAGUGUUUUUAUCUAUAUUUAGGCAUCAAUACAAGGAAUUUUGUUUGGACGAGUUUUGUAAG